CCUUUUUUAACUCAGUCCUCUAAUGGACAACCCCCCAAGAUAAAGCAAAAAAGCAUAUCUAUAUUUCAAACAAAAACACUUCUUCUCAAAUACUCCAAACAUUAAAAACCUUUUAACAAAACUAUCUCUGUUUUAUUUUUUUUUUGUAAAAGAUAACGAUGUCGGAGAAUUCAAGAAACUUGGAAGCUGGUUUGUUACUUAGGAAGAAUCAAAACGACAUCAACGAGUGUCGUAUCACUCUUGUUGUGCUCUUCAGCACUUUCGUUUCUGUUUGUGGUUCUUUCUGCUUCGGUUGUGCCGCAGGUUAUUCAUCAGUUGCUCAGACAGGGAUCGAAAAUGAUUUAGGCCUCUCUGUUGCACAAUACUCCAUGUUUGGUUCUAUCAUGACUUUUGGAGGAAUGAUUGGUGCCAUCUUCAGCGGGAAGGUCGCAGAUCUCAUGGGUCGAAAAGGGACAAUGUGGUUUGCUCAAGUUUUUUGCAUCCUCGGCUGGCUUGCAGUAGCAUUCGCGCCGAACUCCAUGUGGCUUGAUGUUGGAAGACUAUCCACAGGGUUUGCAGUUGGUUUGUUAAGCUACGUGAUACCUGUUUAUAUCGCAGAAAUAACACCAAAACAUGUCCGAGGAGCGUUUGUAUUUGCUAAUCAGCUGAUGCAGAGUUGUGGGUUGUCUUUAUACUACGUCAUUGGAACUUUUAUUCAUUGGCGUAAAUUGGCGUUAAUCGGUCUCAUUCCAUGUGUUUUUCAAGUUGUGACUUUGUUCUUCAUUCCAGAGUCCCCUAGACUACUGGGAAAAUGGGGACGAGAAAAAGAAUGUAAAGCUUCAUUACAACUUCUCCGUGGAGAAGAUGCAGAUAUUUCUGAAGAAGCCAACACUAUCAGAGAAACAAUUAUUUUGUUUGAUGAAGGACCAAAAUCCCGGGUUAUGGAUUUGUUUCAGAGAAGAUAUGCUCCAUCUGUUGUUAUUGGUGUGGGGCUAAUGCUUCUCCAACAACUCUCUGGAAGCUCAGGACUUAUGUAUUAUGUCGGUAGCGUAUUUGACAAAGGAGGAUUUUCGAGCAGUAUUGGCUCAAUGAUUCUUGCAGUGAUCAUGAUACCAAAAGCUCUAUUGGGUUUGAUUUUGGUUGAGAAAAUGGGACGGAGGCCGCUUUUAUUGGCUUCUAAUGGUGGAAUGUGUUUUUUCAGCUUGCUCCUCAGUUUUACCUUCUGUUUUCGGUCAUAUGGCAUACUUGAUGAGCUAACUCCGAUUUUCACAUGUAUUGGUGUAGUGGGUUUCAUCUCUGCAUUUGCCGUAGGCAUGGGAGGCUUACCAUGGAUCAUCAUGUCUGAGAUAUUCCCAAUGAAUGUUAAAGUUUCUGCUGGGACUCUGGUUACUUUGGCCAACUGGUCCUUUGGUUGGAUUGUAGCUUUCGCCUACAACUUCAUGCUAGAAUGGAACGCUUCAGGAACGUUCUUGAUCUUCUUUGCUGUAUGUGGUGGGGGUGUAGCCUUUAUUUACGCUAUGGUACCCGAAACUAAAGGAAGAACAUUGGAAGAUGUACAAGCUUCUCUCACAGAUUUUCUACAAUGAGAUUGAGUUUCACCCUGUUCAUAAUUAUUAUUCUUUUUUUGGAUUACAAGUGGAUGGAGGUUUAUAGUUUAUUUUUGUUGUAAUUGUUACCUCAAUUGAUGCGAUAGAGAAAAGAGAUCCCUUUAACAUAAGGUUUAGAUAUCUCUCUUUCUCUCUCUCUUCAGUUUCUAAAAGUUAUUCCCACUUAAUGUACAGUAAUGUUACACAAAAGAGAAGUUAUAAAAUUGUUUUUAAGUUACUC